AAGACAAUGUAAAAGAUACAUCAGUCGUCAUGGUAGAAAAUCAAAAUAUACCCACGCAAGAUAUUGACUGUAAGAUUUCGAAUUGCAUAGAAGAUAAAACAAUAGAGAUGUCCGCAAAAGAAGUAAAUGCGAAUGUCGUUGAAGAUAUGAAAAUUGUGUGUGAAACUGUGAAUAAGUCUCUAGAAAAAGAAGUGGAGGAUAGCACAACAUCUGAAACGAAGCAAAAUGUGUCAUCUCCAAAUAUUCCGGAAAUUCAGCAAGAAACGACCAUAGGCGCCGGAGAUAUUUUUUUCGUGACAAAACAAGACGGAAAUGCUGAUGUUGAGAAACCGGAAGAGCAAAGUGCACCUACUGACAUGAUCGAUCCGAUUAAACCGGAAAACGAUAAAUCAGUAAUAGGAAACGAUAACAAUGUAACUGAACACGAACUUUUAAUAUCGAAAUUAAAAGAAGAAGUGCAGAAAGCGGCCAACGAACGAGACUCUUAUCAAAAGAAGUUGGAAAGCGCAGAAAAAAAACUGACGGAGUUGCAGGCGACGUACGAUGCCCUGCUGAAGGGUGAAGGUAACGAGGUCAUGCUUCGUCGAAUGGUGGAUCAGUUAAAGGGUAAACUUAUUCAAACUUCGCUGCAAUUAGAAGAUCGAAUUCGUACUGUGUCUAAUCAGGAGAAGCAAAUUAGCGCAUUGAAUAAUCAGGUGACUUCACUGAAGGAAGUAGAGUCUCUCACCAGAAGUCUGUUGCAAAUUCGUAAUAUGGAAGUAAAGCAUUUGCAGGCAGAGGUUGAUGACAUGGAAGUCCGAAUUUCUGAGGAACGUGAACGAUAUAAUACGAUGAUUAACAAAAUGGAUGCCGCGGUCAAAUUAAAUGCAGAUUUGAAAAAAGAAUACGAGACGCAGCUUUGUCUUUUCCGAGAUUUACGAGAAAAGUAUGAAGAGAAGGUUUCAUUAUUAUCAGAAGAGAAACGAGCCCUUGAGGCUAACGUACAGUCUCCUAAAUAAGGAAGUAUCUUAAACUCGCUGAAUUGUUUUGUAAUUAUUAUAAUUUGUAUAAAAUAGAAACUUUGUUCAAAAAUAA